AUGGCUGAAGGUCGUCCAUCAAGCCAAGGUCGACGAGACAUCGUUACCGACCGUGGCAGAGGGAGCACCUCAGCCGAGCCAGACGACGAGAGCGAGAGCGGCGCGUCUUCAGCCCCGAAGUAUCGAAGAGUGAACCGCCAUGGUACCAGAGCCGUGACCGCAAGCGACCAGAGUAGUCGGUUCUUGUUUGUCGACUCCUCAUCCGCCGGCCAAAGACCACGUUCUGACCAACGGGCAAUCAAUGCACAUAUUCAACAGAGCGCCUAUCGCAACCGGAGGCAAGCGGCUCGACAGCAGAGAGGUUCUGAUGCGGCCAAUGUCGGUCGUCACCGAGGUUCAACGCAGCUUCAACCGCGUCGCAUCGAACCAUCUCCGAGUGUUGAGCAUCAUCGAGCUUCACCGUUGACUUCGCCAACCCGUCAAGAACCAAGCGACUCCAGACUACCAACUCCCACCUCUACGAUUUCACCCACUCCAUCUCCAGGGCUGGCUACAAACGCGCGGGCCGUAGCCGACGUCGACCAAGAUCUAAUCUCCAGGCUACGAUACUAUAGCAAUGUCCGAGGAUCUGAGGUACGGCAAGCAGUCGAGGCCCAACGCGAAGAUGAUAGACGAGCCUCGAGUGAGCACCGCCAGCCUGCACCCCUUCAGGAAGAUCGUGCUUUGGCAGAAAAUGUAUCCGUAAGGUCCAUGCUCACGCAGAUUCUCCAGCGGCUCGACGCUGCCAGUGUCGGCCAACCUCUUCAUGGACCACCAAUCUCAGCUCUGAGGAACUCUGUUCUUGAUCCGUUCAGUACUAGCUCGAUAAUGGUAACACCUUCCAUGGACGCAGUUUUGCGGCAUUUUUCGGAUGUCAUGAUACCUUCGGUUUUCCCGACCCGGCAACAAGCAGAGAUCCAGACGCGGUGGGCUUUCGAGAAAGCUUCCCAGGAACCCCUGGUGUUGUACUCUUUGUUGGCAAUCUCUUCUGCAGAGCGUGACGCUCGGCUGGGACAGUUACGGAGUGGAUCGCAAGAGACUACGUUCACCGAGGAGGAUCUCAAGAAUCGACCCGUGCCGGAUUUUGUAUCGUACAAAGUCAAUGCAGUGAAGCUUGCCAACGAGACCAUGAAAUCGAUUGAGACGGCAGCCAAGGCUUCCACAAUCUUUGCGAUGAUGUGCUUGCUAUCUAUCGAAGUCAUCACGGGCAACCAGAAAGAGAUAUUCGCACACGUCAGUGGUCUGCAGAAACUGAUCGCGUGGCGAGGCGGGUACCAUGGGAUUCCUCCUCAUGCGACGGAGCUCAUACUGUCCACUUCGUACAUGUGCGCCGCAAUGACGAGAACCCUGCCUGCCUCGCCGCCCACGUCUACCUUGGCCUCCCUGCCACCUAACCUGAUCGAAGAUAUCAAUCGAAACCUGGCGGAUGAUACUAGGCAAAUGGGGACGGGUAUUCUUACCCCAGAAGUUGACACAAUCCUCGACUGGAGAAUAUCUCAAGCGUUCAGAGACAUGACAGAGGUCGUUCGGUAUCGAGAAUACUACCACGAAAAACAAAUGCAGCCGGGCGAGGAAGAGGUCGAUUACAUCAAUGCGAAAAGCUACCAGUUUAGGUACGCGGUACUUUCUGCACCUUUUGAGCCUCGGGCUCCGACAAGCGACAAAGAGGAAGCCUGUCGAUUGGCCCUGUUGAUUUUCUGGUUCACAAACUACCAGAUGUCGCAGCCGGACUCGGCCUUGAAUCGGACGCUGACAACCCAGCUUAAGAGUGCCUUGCAAGUGUCGGACUUGAAGGGCCUCUGGGGUCCGUACCACGAGCUUCUCGCUUGGGUUUUGCUGUUGGGUGCAUUCAUUUCUGCGGGGCAAAGAGAACGACCGUGGUUUGUUUUGAAUCUGGCCAAAGUCUGCAAAGUACUUCGGCUGCAAGGCUGGACCGACGUUCGAUCUGUGCUGGUCAAGUACUUCUACCUUGACCGUAUCUAUGCAAAAGGAAUGCAGGCAAGUUGGGAAGAGGCCGCCAUGAUUGCCGAAACGAUGGAGUGA